GGUUGGUGCCUGCGCCUCUAGUUGCGGAUGACGGUGUGCCGGAGCAGCAGAGGCUGCCGGAACAGUAGAUGGCGGCGGAGAGCGGCGAAGCACAGAUCUUGUGAGCGGCGGAGGCCACAGCGGGCAGAAGGGAUCUGACGUCCGAGGCUCUGAGCUCUCGACGGGGAAGAUGAAUCCCCAGGUACCCCGAUGGAAUAAGAGACUGAGGAUUGGUGCUGCUGCACCAAGCAGGACACCUUGCUCAACUCGAAUCAGUGUGUUUCAGAAGGCUGUAAGGAAUUUGAGAGAGGAUGGGAAAUGCUGCUGGACAAAUACAAGAUGAGAACACAUCCUUACAUGACAGCCUUUUGAGAUUAGGCAGAAAUGCUGCUGGGCAUCUAAAUGAUCAGCUUGCUGCAACUUCAAGCAGAACUGGAUGUGAAAUAUCAGAUGGAGAGAGAAUCCCGUGCAUCGGCAUUGAAUGUGCAGAUGGGUUUGGUUGAAGGGAUUAUUGACAUCUCUGACAGUGAACGCAACGAUGAAGUUAAUUUUGAAGAGUGGUCUGAUCCUGAGCAUGCUAAACUGGUUGAGACAGAUAGAAGGUUGAGAGAGCAAGAGGAGAAAGAUGCAGAGGUCGUGAAGAUGUAUCAGGAAAUGUAUGGCAAAAAUGAUGGGCACCAAGAAGUCUCAGGCACGGAUAAUGAUUCACUUGUUGAGAAGCACCGUAAGUUAAGGGAGCAAGAGGAAAAAGACACCAAUGUUGCAAUGAUGUAUCAAACACUGUAUGAUCAAAAUGCUACUGAAGCUCAGAUCACCAAUGUGCCAGCAAACAGAAUUCUUGCUCAGGCGGCAAAACCUGCAGGUCGGGAAAGAAGCCCCAUGGAGGGUGGGCGUAGAGAUGCAGCUGUUCAGGUGAAUGAACAUGCCGGGGAGAGUUCAUACAUGGAAGAAAAUUUAAAAUUUGUGUUUUGA